AUGGCCAACUUCGCCAACAAGCGGUUAAGCAAGGAGCUUCUUAAGAUUACAAUGGAACUUCCCCCUGGUAUCUUCUUGGUGAAGGCGGAAAAUCUUGAGGAGUGGCAGAUGGAUAUUAAAGUGCUUGACGAUAACCCCCUCUAUAAGGACGAGACUUAUCGGUUGAAAUUCACCUUCAGCAAGAAAUACCCAAUAGAACCCCCAGAAGUCCAGUUCAUCCAGCUCUCCGAAUCGUCUGAUACCAUCCGCAAAAUUCCCAUUCACCCGCAUAUUUACAGUAAUGGCAUCAUCUGCCUUGACCUACUCGGCUCGUCUGGUUGGUCCCCCGUCCAAACAGUCGAGAGUGUUUGUAUGAGUCUCCAAAGCAUGUUGACUGCAAACACGCGCGACGAGCGACCACAGGGUGAUAAAGAGUUUGUGACGAUGAACCGUCGGCGUAUUCGUGACAUCUCAUUCGUCUACGAGGAUGAUACUGUCUAA